AUGAAAAUGUAAACAAUUCGGACUAUUGAUUUCAGCAAGGCGAAUAAAUAGAUAAAGGAUCUCUCUAAUAGAUUUCUAUAGAGCAAAAUGCUUAGAAAGAACAAAGAGAAUUGCAAUCCAAAUACAAUGAUUUAAGAAAGUGCAGCAAAAUUACUUUUAGAGGCUCUUUAAAAACCAAUGCUAAAAAAUUUGAGAGAAUUAAUUAGGAUAAAAGAAUCAGUAGUUUGUGAGAGAAAUAUUUUUGAUGAUGUGUGUUCAAUGGGUGUAAGUGAGAAUUCAGAUGUAGGAGAAGGGUUCAAGAUUUCUUUUGCUAAUUUAAGUAUAAAACAAGAGAGUAUUAUUGAUUGUGAAAGCAUUUAAGCAACUAAUGCUCCAAUUGUAUUGUUUAUGGUAUUAUAAAACAUUCGAAAGAAGAAGAUGAUUAUUUCAUUUUAGGAAAUCAAAUAUUUUAUUCUUUAAAGGAACUUAAAAUCAGUUAAUAAGAGAUUACAAUAUGCAAAAAGAGAAUAAUUAAGAAAGAUACUUAUAAAUAAAUAAAAAUAGGAAGAAUUAUUGAUGUAAGUUUACUUGAAAUAUUGGUCUCAAUAAACAUAACUUCUUAUAUUUUUUGAUAAUUUUGGAUCUAAAAUUUAGAAGAUUUAUAUUAGUAAAUUAAAUCAACACUUUAAUACAAUGAAAUGUUAAAUAAAAAGGAGAGAGGGUUUUAAUCGAUUAUUAAGGUUUGUAAAUAUUAAAUUAUUUGAAUAUGGAUAAUGUUUGAAUAAAGUCUAUAAGAAUUUGCAUUUGCAAAAGUGUUUAUAGAAGGUAUUCAAAUAGUAAAUUCAAUUUUCAUUUUAACAAAUUCAAUCUGUAAAAUAAGAAUCUCCAAUUAUAUUUGAAUUAUUGUAAUAAUUUAAAAAUAAGUUAUUGAAAUAAAGCAUAAAAAUAUUAUUAUUACACUCAUUAAGAUAGAAAAGGAAAUUUAAAUCUUUUUAAUAUGGAUUGUAGGAUUUAGAAAAGAUUUUUAAGAAAUUAGAUUAUAGAUGGGGAUUUAAUAAAUUAUAAAAUAAAAAUUAACAUAAAAGAAUGAUGUUACCUACAAAAUAUUUAAUAAUGAUACUUAAAAAAGUAUAAGAUAGAUAAAAGAAUUGGGUUUUGCGCAAAUUAAAUUAAUGA